GCUUUGCCGCCAGAAGCCUUUGACACGAUGCAUCAAGCUUUCUAUAGAGUUUCUUGGCCAAAAUGGUCUCCGACGCAUCUCACCAACAUUUUCUAUUGCGUACAAGGGUUAUCCUCAGUAGUGUGCACCUUCACUAAAUGCUCAUACCUUAAUCCAAAUUGCAAACUGGCUGAACAGUUAGAUACUAGACUUCAAAGUUACAAGUUUUCUUCAAAAAUCAUUAUCAAUCCUUUAUAGAUUAAGACUUGUGCAUCUUUAAAGUUAUGGUAUGUUUCACACUUUCACUUGUUACCACAAGUCCAAGGUUCCAACUCCUCUUGUUUCCAGAGCACCCUUACCUUAAUAUAAAUAACAACCAACACAUCAAGCACAUAUACUUUCUCAUGUCGUAUAUAUAUCUAGCCAAGAAAUGGGACAUACUGUUACAUUGGGAUUCACUUAUUUGUUUUUUAAGAUUAUAAGUGUUAAAAUGUAAUUCGUGUGCCUUGCAUCAUUUUUUUCUUUUUCAGCUUGGUGUUGGUUAGCACUCAUUUUAUUUGACUUCAUAUUUUUCAUCUUAAAAGCCAAAGGAGAAUGGAGAAACCUGUGGUAAUACUCAUUUUUACAACUGUAAUUAUGAGUCUUGAAUGCUUCGUACAAUCAGAUGCCUCUACACAUCAAUAUAAAAGUGGAGACGAUGUCCCUUUCUAUGCAAACAAGGUUGGCCCAUUCUCUAAUCCCAGUGAAACUUAUGCUUAUUUCGAUCUUCCAUUUUGUCAACCAGAUAAUUUGGAAAAGAAGAAAGAAUCGUUUGGUGAAGCGUUGAAUGGAGAUCGCCUUACAUUUGCUCCAUAUAAGCUCGAGUUUUUAGCGGACAAAGAUGCCAAAGUUAUAUGUAAGAAAAGGCUGACAAAGGAGGAAGUUGCACAAUUCAGAACCACUGUUGCACUAGAUUACUACGUCCAGAUGUACUAUGAUGACUUGCCAAUAUGGGCGUUCCUUGGGAUGGUCGAAAAGGACGGAAUUGAUGACCCUAAUGAGUACAGAUAUCACAUUUAUACAUUUUAUCAAUUUGAAAUUUACUACCACAAGGACCAUGUUAUUGAAAUCCAAGUUAGAGUCAAUCCAUCUUUUACAGUUGAUGUAACAAAUGAUGAGGAAGUUGAUGUAGAAUUCCUGUACACAGUGGUGUGGAAGGAAACUAACACCCCAUUUGAAAAGAGAAUGGACAAAUACACGAGCUCUUCUUCUCUGCCCCAUCACUUAGAAAUUCACUGGUUCUCCAUUUUAAACUCAUGUGUGACAAUCUUCAUCUUGAUGUCAUGUAUGGGAGCAAUUUACUUGCGAGUCCUGAGGAAAGAUAUUUAUAAUCUUGCACAGGAUGAAGAAUUUUCUGAUAACCAAGAAGAAACUGGGUGGAAAAGCCUCCACGGCGAUGUCUUCCGGUACCCAAAGUGCAAGUAUUUGCUUUCUUCAGCACUUGGUUGUGGAACCCAGAUGUUGGCAGUCGUGGUGGUCAUUCUAUGUUUAGGCGUGCUUGGUGUUUUUCAACCGUAUGAUCGAGGAGUUUUGCCCACUACUUUGGUCAUAAUAUAUGCAAUAACUUCUGCAGUUGCUGGAUUUUCGGCUGUAUCUUUUUAUCAUCAGCUUGAAGGAAGCAACUCGCUAAGAGUUCUAUUACUGACGGGAGGAAUAUUCUCUUGCCCCUUGUUGCUAACCUUUUUCUUCCUUAAUACUGUUGCAUUCAACUAUGGGUCUACUGCAACACUUCCUUUGGGCACAAUUGUGGUUAUACUUCUCCUCUUGGUUUUGCUAGCAUUACCGUCGCUUGUGUUAGGUGCGAUUUCUGGGAAGAGAAUAAGGUCUGAGUUUCAAGCUCCUUGUCACACCACAAAGUGUCCUCGUGAGGUUCCCCCACAGCGUUGGUACAGGCGUGUCAUAACCCAAAUGGCAAUGGCAGGACUUUUGUAUUUUGCUGUCAUCUAUAUUCAGCUAUAUUACAUAUUUGCAAGUGUUUGGGGUUACAGGAUAUACACAAUAUAUAGCAUUCUUUUUGUUGUGUUCAUUCUCCUUCUGAUUACAACUGCUCUCAUCUCUAUUGCUAUGACAUACAUCCAACUUGCCGCAGAAGAUCAUGAAUGGUGGUGGAGGUCUUUUCUUUGUGGUGGAUCGACUGGCUUGUACUUAUUUGGUUAUUCCAUCUACUAUUACUUUUCACGGUCAGACAUGAACGGUUUCAUGCAAACCUCAUUCUUCUUUGGAUAUAUGGCUUGUGUUAGUUAUGGCGUCUUCCUCAUGCUAGGCACUGUUGGCUUUCAUGCCUGUUUGCUAUUUGUCCGUCUUCUGUAUGGCUCUAUCAAAUGUGAAUAGCUGGUUGCUUUCAGGAACAUCCUUAGCUUGUUUGGAAAAAGUAUGUAUUCAUGCCAUAUUUAGGAGGCUGUUCUGAUCAAAGGAGGUCACAAUGUUCCUUUAACGUAACAACAAAGAGAUUUUCUUAUUCAAAGUUUCAUCAA